UGCCCGAACAACCCCGUGGGUGUUCUUCGAGGGCGGAGGCGGGUUUCCUUGAUGGGACGGAAGCUCGGAUCAUGGAUGGCAGCGAUCUCCCGGCGUUGCCCGCCAGCGACUCGUCGGUGCCGCCGCCUAGUGGAGGAGGCGGGGCGGACGGAGCGGAGGGCCCCGCUCGGGGACGCGAAGGUUGCGAAGCCCUCGCUGGGGCGAUCGCAUCGACGCUGGGUGCCGUGAUGAGGGAGUUCGAUUCCAGGGCGGAGGGCGUUGACCGGAGCCAGGAUGAGCUCUCCACUUCCCUGGAUCGCCUCGCCAGAGAACUAGACAAACUCUUAGAAGAUGCGCCGUUGCCGUUCAUCAUGCAACAUGCAGCCAAGAUCUCGGCCAUGCGUAGGAGGGUUUCAGCAUUGAACUUGAUUUUGAAGUCAAUUCAGAGACGCAUUGAUAACAUGGAUCGUAUGCUUUUUGCUGGCGUACCCACUGAUAAUCACCAACAGAUACAGUAGUCGUCACAUUCAGGUGGUUCAGAAUAACAAGGAAACCUUCAUUUCAGGAGCUGAACUGGCUCCACUCUUUAACCUUCUCACACAAAACACUUACUUGAAAUUUGCCAACUUUUUGUGUUGGCAGCUGCAUGUAUCUAUUUGAAAUUUAUUUGAGUGACAGUUUGCACCCAAUUUUGAUGGGUAGAGCAGCAACAUUGAAUUAAUAUAAAAAAAAUUUGUGUUGGGUGUA